GAAACAUUCCUGUCCGUAAGCGACUCCUCACUCUCCGCUCUCACCAAUGCAACGUGCUUCUCGCUCCCCCUUCCCUCUAUCGUUUACAAUCUCUCUCUUCCUCCCCAUUUUCUCUCUGUUCCCUGAUCCAAAUCCAACAUUUGGAGCUCCGUUUCUUCCACAUUCAUGGACACCCACAUCGAAGAAGUGGACAGGGAGGCCUUGGCAGGAUUAAGCUCUGUCCCGCCUCCCCGCAAGAUCCACUCCUACAGCCACCAGCUCCGUGCCAACUCCGGCAAGAAACGCCACCACCAACUCCGCAAACACAGCCUUGAUGAGCUUCCCAAUUCCUCCGACAGCUUUUACGAUUCCGACGACGAUGAGUUCUUUCCUUACUCAGCUUCCACUUCCAACACCGGCGACCUCCCCGACGAAGAGUAUGUCGCCCCAGGCGUGGAAGCUGUGCCCGACGAUCCCCGACAGUACCAACCAUUGCCCGAGUUUGUUGGCAGUGGUGGUGGCACCGGCAUUUUCAAGGUUCCGGUGCGGGCCGCCGUCCAUCCUGGACGACCGCCGUGCCUCGAGCUUAGACCUCAUCCGCUUAGAGAAACGCAGGUGGGGAAAUUCUUGAGGAACAUCACUUGUACGGACACCCAGUUGUGGGCUGGUCAGGAGAGUGGCGUUCGAUUUUGGAAGUUUGAGGAUGCGCACGAGCCUGGUAUCGGGAUCGGCGGGAGGGCAAGGAGGGGAGAUGAGGAUGCGGCGCCGUUUCAUGAGUCGGCUAACACGUCGCCCACCAUCUGUUUGAUGGUGGAUAAUGGAAAUAAAUUGGUGUGGAGCGGCCACAAGGAUGGCAAGAUUCGAUCGUGGAAGAUGGAUCAGCCUGCUGAUGAUGCUACCCCCUUCAAAGAAGGACUCUCAUGGCAGGCGCAUCGCGGCUCUGUUACUUCUAUCAUUAUGAGCUCCUAUGGUGAUAUGUGGUCUGGUUCAGAAGGUGGUGUUAUUAAGAUCUGGCCGUGGGAGUCUAUUGAGAAAUCUCUUUCAUUCAAACCAGCAGAGAGGCACAUGGCUGCUUUAUUAGUGGAGAGGUCAGCUUUUGACCUUAGGAGCCAAGUCACUGUUAAUGGUACAUGCAGCAUAUCCUCUGCGGAAAUCAAGUCUUUAUUAGCUGAUAAUGUUAGAGCUAAAGUUUGGGCUGUUCAGCCUCAGUCCUUCUCGCUCUGGGACGCUCGCACAAAAGAGCUUCUAAAAGUGUUUAAUAUUGAUGGUCAGAUUGAAAAUCGGGCAGACAGUUCAUCAGCACAAGAUCAAUCAGCUGAGGAUGAGGUAAAGGUAAAGUUUGUUUCCACGUCAAAGAAAGAUAAAUCACAGGGCUUUUUGCAACGAUCACGUAAUGCUAUAAUGGGAGCUGCAGAUGCUGUUCGUCGAGUUGCAACUAGGGGGACAGGGGCAUUUGUGGAAGAAACCAAGAGAACAGAAGCAAUUGUGCUAGCUGGAGAUGGAAUGAUCUGGUCUGGAUGUACCAAUGGCCUACUUGUGCAGUGGGAUGGAAAUGGAAAUCGUAUGCAGGAUGUUAACCACCACCCUUCCCACCCCUCUGCUGUUCUGUGCUUUUGCCCUUUUGGUGCACAAAUUUAUGUGGGUUAUAUGAGUGGUGUCAUCCAAGUACUAGAUCUUGAAGGAAAUUUAAUUGCAGAAUGGGUUUCUCAUAGUAGUCCUGUGAUAAAAUUAGCAGCUGGGGGUGGAUAUGUUUUUAGCUUGGCCACUCAUGGUGGUAUACGUGCAUGGAAUGUUGGAUCUCCCGGACCUAUAGACAAUGUAAUCCGGUCAGAAAUGGCUAGAGUAGAAUCAACUUAUUCAAGAAGAGACAAUGUUAGAAUUCUAAUUGGGACGUGGAAUGUUGGUCAAGGAAGAGCUACUCAUGAGGCACUUAUGUCAUGGCUGGGUUCUGCUGCAUCAGAUGCUGGCAUCAUUGUUGUUGGGUUACAAGAAGUAGAAAUGGGUGCAGGUUUCCUUGCAAUGUCUGCAGCUAGAGAAACUGUAAGAUCCUCCCGAAUUAUUGCAAUUCAAUCCUUCUUUAUUUUUUUAUUAGAUUUUACUUUGAAUUAUUCCUAAAGCAACGGUUCUAUGUACAUAUUCUC